AUGACGGAAGAAUUUGGAGUUCUUGUUAAUCUUCAGUUAGCAAGACCCAAGAUGCCGCUGCCUCCUCCUCGUUUUGGUCUCAUCGUUGUUGGUUCCAAUCUUCCAGUUCCUCUCAAGGGGAUCUCUGUUGACGUCCAGGUGAAAGGCUUUGUGGCUGAUGUGUCUGCUACGCUCAAGUACAAGAAUGAGGAGGAGAAGGCUGUGGAGGCCAUCUUUGUAUUCCCCAUGGAUAAAGACUCAGCUGUCUACAGCUUUGAGGCCAAAGUAGAGGGAAAGACCAUUGUAGCCGAUCUCCAGGAGAAGAAACAGGCUCAUAGGACCUACGAUGAGGCCAUCAGCCAAGGCCGGCAGGCUUUUCUUCUGGAAGAAGACAGAAGCUCUGCUGAUGUUUUCAGCUGCAAUGUUGGGAACCUGCCACCUGGUCAGGAGGCUGAAGUGACAUUAAAAUAUGUGCGGGAGCUUCCAGUCGAGGCUGACGGUGCCGUCCGAUUUGUGCUUCCUGCUGUCCUAAACCCCAGAUAUACCCCAAAAGACCAACCUGUGAGUGUGACUGCCACACGCCCACAUGUGCCUAUAGGAGAGAUCCCGUACACCCUGAGUCUGAGCGCACACUUCCAGUCUGCAUUCGGCAUUGUCAAGAUAGUAUCCAACUGUGAUAUCAGCCCUGUGGAGUACACUAAUGAGGACAAGACCGCAGCCAAGGUAUCGCUGGCUGAGGGACACAACUUUGAGAGAGACGUGGAGCUCCUUGCUUAUUACUCAGAGGUGAACAAACCGAGUGUGACUGUGGAGGCUGAUGCUGCCAAGGAGCCAAAGUCAUCAGGAUCUUUGAUGACCGAGACUGUCGCCAUGUUGAACUUCUAUCCCAGUUUCCCAGCCAUGCAGGAACAUUCAAACUGUGGAGAAUUUAUAUUUGUGGUGGACCGGUCCGGGAGUAUGCAACGGGCAAUGAAUUCAGAGCCAAAUGCUCUACGACGUAUUGACAGCGCGAAGGAGACACUCAUCCUUCUAUUGAAGAGUUUGCCUCUUGGGUGUUACUUUAAUAUUUUGGGAUUUGGUUCCCAUUUUGAGUCUUUCUUCACGGAGAGUAAGGAGUAUACACAACAAUCCAUGGAAGAAGCUGUUAAGAAGGUCAAUGAGAUGAAAGCCAACUUUGGAGGAACAGAAAUCUUGAGACCUUUGAAGAAAAUCUAUGAUACCGCUGGAAGGCCAAACCACCCAAGACAGCUUUUUCUCUUCACGGAUGGUGAGGUUGGGAACACAAAAGAAGUGAUUGAUGAAGUCCAGAAAAAUUCUAAUAAUCACAGAUGCUUCACAUUUGGGAUUGGUGAGGGCGCCUCCACAUCCCUCAUCAAAGGUAUGGCCCGAGCAGGUAGUGGAACAUUUGAGUUCAUCACCGGCAAAGACAGAAUGCAAACCAAGGUUCUUCGGGCUCUAAAAUGUUCCUUACAGCCCACUGUGAAGAAUGUCUCCCUGACUUGGUCUCUUCCCUCUGGCAUGGAAGCCAUUCUCCUGUCUAAGGUCCCCACCGCCAUCUUCCAGGGACAAAGGUCCAUUGUGUAUGCCCAACUGAAAGGAAAGGUGGAGACUGAAGCGGAGGGUGAGGUUUGCCUGCAGUACAACUUUAAGGAUGAGCUUUUGAAGAACAACAUUCGUUUCCCUCUUAAAGUGGAGAAAGCUGAAAGACCCACCAUCCAUAGACUGGCAGCCAAGUCUCUGAUCUCGGAGCUGGAAUGUGGAAAGGACUCUAGAUCCGAGGAUGGGAAGAAGAGGAUCCUGGAGGUCAGUCUAGAGUCUGGAGUCAUCUCCUCACUUACUGCCUUUGUUGCUGUUAAUAAAGACACCAAGACUCCAGUGGAAGGUCCUCCAGUACGAAGAGACAUCCCUGCUCCAGGUUUUAUGCAUGGUAAAAAUACCAAGUAUAUGCUUAUAUUCAAGUACUAG